AUGAAGAAACGAUGCCCCUCUGGACUUGCGCAUGUGCUCGCUCAAGCCUGCAGUAGCCUGCACUUGCUUGCCCAUCUGAGGCCUAGUGCAGAAAAGCUCAAAGCAAUUGAGGAACUCAAAGCUGCCAUUCGCGCUGCGGCGGCCAAACCGAAGGCAAAACGCAAAGAAACAGAGGAACUUUUGCUGUUCUGCCAGUGUGUGAAGAGCCUGGCUGGCAGCAGUGAGAUCUGUGUGCAACUUAAAGAGAUUCUGCCAAGGAUCGGCGAAACCCAUUUGGUUCCUCUCAUGGGGAUAAAGCGACCAGCACCUCGCCCCGUGGAGAAGCCCAGCGUGCCGGUCACGGCCAACCGUGCAGUCGGGAGAGUGAAGAGCUACAACACCAGAAAAGGCUUUGGCUUUAUCACCGUGCCAGACUUUGGCCGUGACAUUUUCGUUUACAACUCCCAUCUGAUUGGCCGUAUCGGACUCCUCGCGGGGGAGACCGUGUCCUUUGACCUCAUUGUCGAAGGUGGCCGGCCGCAAGCGCGGAAUGUGAAGGUGCUGGGAGGGGAUGGUGUCGUGCCUGACAUGAUCGGCCAGAACUCGGUGGCAGAAGUGAAGAAGGCGCUGGCACAAGGGCCACGAACUGGAGAUCAGCCUUCGAGUCAAACCUCAGUGCGCGAGAUGACACUCGCAAUGGCGGCAGCAGCGGCUGAGGUGCCGACGACUUUACCACAAAAGAAGCCACAGCAGGAGACCACCAGGAGCAUGGAGGAGAUUCUGAAAGAGCAGAUUCGGAAGGCCCAGACAGAAGCCACGACGCGCAAGACAGCCCCCAUCGUGAAGCAGCCGCCAACCGUCAGCUUUGGUGGGCAGCAAGAUGCGCGACCGCCGGCUACAGAACAUGAGGGUAACCUCCCGAAAGGCAGUACGGUUCGCGUCGUGGGGUUCCCAUCUCCGGACGUGGAUGGCUGCCGGGACCCUGAUGAUGCUAUGAAGUUGUUGGGAUUUCUGCAGUCCUUGGAGUCUUUGGCUCGAGCCAUUUCAGAGCUGUCUCAUGUGAAGGUUGUGCGGAAGCGAAAGCCGAAGGAGACAGAGAGUGCUCCAAAGGCGCCAGCAGAUCCAGCACCCAAACGUGGUGGACCCUUAUUAAGCCAGAGAGGCAACAAGAAAGCCAAGGCUCCCCUUACAGUUUCUCAACGACAAGCUCGAAACAGACGCUUAACCGAGCAGUUCCGCGACGAUCGCCUCCGAGCAUCCUUCGGGAGGUCCAGGGACAACGAUCCUGUGAAUCGAAAGACGUCCUUGAUUCCGGAGGAGUUGUGGGAAGACGGGCAAGAAGUUGCUCCGACCAGGAAGAAGGUGAGCAAGCUUGGGGAGAACAUCGAGGCACUUUCAAAGAAACCAGAUGCCCAGCUUUCUGAUUUGCUGACGAAGGUAGAUGUCGAGACGCCCGGUGGAGAUAUACAGAUGAUGUCGCUGCGGGAGGAGUACUUGCAGCUCAGCGACAAGGCCGCUGCGGACGGUGGGAAGGCCGUGCCAGCUGCACCACCCCCACAGCUACCAGGUGGCAGCAGUCAAGGCCUGCAGAAGUCAGCUGCUGAUGCUCUAAGGAAGUUUGGCCCAUUGACGCCCCAGCAGGGAGUGAACAACUGGCAGAUGUCGCAAGGAGGUGGAUGUCAAGCAGGGGGACCGAUCAGGCAGCAGCAGCUACAGGCCAUGCAACAGGCCCAGAUGGGGCCCGGAGCCAUGGGUAACAUGGCAGGCGCUGGGCAGAUGAGGCAUUGGGGCUGUGAUGCAAUGCAGUAUAGAUAUGAGCUGGCGAAUUCACGGCGUCCUGAGAUUGAGUCUUUGGGUGACGAGCUGAAGAGGGAUGGCAUCGAGGUGACUGAGCAGGAGCUGCUUGCCUUCCUCCGUGCCACGAACUUUGACCAGCAAGAAGCCCGGGCAAGGCUCCUCGACACAACGGGCUGGCGCGCUGCCACCUUGGUCAAGGAGAAGCUGCACUGCAGAGAUUGGCGUGCAAAGGAGCUCGCGAUGAGAAGUAUCCUGCUGUAUGAUUAUGUUGGUGCAGACAAACAUGGGCGGCCACUCCUCAUUGAGAGGGUCGGAGCUUGGGACAUCCAGGCUGUGCUCGAUGCGACUGAAGACCUCGAGAAGUUCACCCUGUUGCAUGCCAUGGCCGACGAGACAUUGCUGCAAAUGAAAAGGCCGACGACCGCCAAGGACCCUCGCGGGUUUGUUCUGAUCGUUGACAUGGAGGGGCUGGGCAUUUGGCACCUUCACCCGCGCCUUAUCUCAGCCGUUGCUGCAGUCAGCCAGAUAGAUGAAGCGCACUAUCCUGACUCCGUUGCCGCUAUUUUCGUGGUGAAUGCUCCGUGGUACUUCACAUCCCUGAAGCCGCACAUCGUUUCUUGCGAGGUUUACCAUGAUCCGAAUGAGGACACCUACACCAAGAUCCAUUUCAGCAGAUGCGUUCCGGAGGAGAUGCUGCAGUGCCUCGAGGAGGACUGCUUGCCUGUCGAGCUUGGUGGGUCGCGUGCCUUGGCUUUGCUUCAGCCUGACUUUUCGGCGCGAUUCACCUUUUGCACCUGGCGGUACUGGUGUUUUUCCAUAUUGUUUGGAUGCGUCGCCAUCGCGGCACCCUGGCAACGGGACCAGCUAGCGACUGAGAUGGAUGUGUCGCUGUGCAUGGUCCAGGCCGGCGGCAUGUCAUAUGCCAACCCUGGGAUGCAGGGCAACCGGAAUCCUGUCGAUGCCAUGCGCAGUGCUAACAAGCUGUCUGGCAUGGGACCCAAUCAGCAGAUUCCGCCAAUGGGCAUGGCGCAGGCAAGAGGGAACCAAGGCGCAAUGAAUCAAGUGCAAGAGGAGCAGCUCAGACAGCAGCAGCAGCAGCAGCAGCAGCAGCAGAUGGCGGCACAGCAUGAGCUCGAGCAGCUUGAAAUGAAUCGACGAGAGCAGCAGCAGCGAGAAAUACAGCAGCAACGUGAACGAGAAAUGCAGCUGCAGAGGGAGCAGCUACAGCAGCAACAGCAACAACAGCUGCAACAGCAGCAACAGCAGCUGCAGCAACAGAGAGAACAGCAACAGCAGCAGCUGCAGCAACAGCGGCAGCGAGAAAUGCAGCAGCAGCAGCAGAGGGACCAGCAGCAGCAGCAGCAGCAGCAGCAGCAAAGACAGGCUUUGCAGCAGAACCAGGCGCAACAAGCUCAGCAAUCGCAGCCUCGGCCAGCCAUGCAGCAAGCGCAGGCAAAGCAACCUUCGCCUCCCGCGCGAGCUCCUCCUGCCGGGGGCGGAGCACCUGAGGGCCGCCCGGGCCAGGUGUGGGUGGUGUUGAAGAGCAACCACUUCCACGAUGUCAUCGUGCGUGCCUCGCAAGAGGUCACAAGCCGAGAAUUGCGGAGGCUGAAUCCAGGGGAGGUUCUCACGCAACGCGACAUGACCAUCAUGCUGCCGAACGGCCUUGUGAGGAUGCCAGUUGAGCCAGAUGGUUGGGUGACCGUCCACGCCGGCAGUCUCAGUCCGACAGCUGUCAUUGGCCAAUCCGUGUUGGUGCUGACCAGCGCAGACGGUGCCAGUUCGACUUUGCAGAUCUUUCGUUUGCUUUUGGUGGAUAGCCAGCAGGCCUGUGCCAAGAGGCCACCAGUGCUUUCCUCGCUUGCAGUUGUGUUUUCCUUCCACGCUUGUUGCAAGGCCCUGGCAGAGGUGCUGUCGUUCGAGAGGGUGGAAACCAGUUCGACGAUGCCGCCACCUCCGCCGCCAACUCGAGAGAAAGCACAGACCUGGUGCUGA